GGGAAGGCAUGGGAAACUGAUGGGGGAGGCCAAGAAUGCCACAUGGUUUGAAGAGCCUGGAUAAAGCUCUUAGGCAUGCAGAAGAUUGGGUUAUAAUGUACCAAUAAUCUAACAUUAUCCUGGCUAUUGGGGGCAAAAAACGCUUUUUAAAGAGACUUUUUGCAGCUUAACUCACUCUCUGAUCACUUUUAGGAUGUUUUUCUCAGAAAUUAAAAUGUUAAGAAGCAGCAGAUUGACCAACACUGCAUCUGAGCUAGGAGCAGCUUUUUGACAAAUGAGGAGCUGACAAUUUAGCUCAAUUCCACUCAUGUGGAUCAUUUUUCAGAUUACAUUUCAGAUCUGAGGCACAGGCUCUGCUGGUGAGACGUUUAAAAACAAAUCUGCCUGCCCUCUCACGCUGCUGCAGCUUAUGUUACAGUGUCACUAUAAAAUAUUCAUCCAUGGAAAAUCUCUUUGAUUCCAGCCGUCUUCAUAGGUUUAAAGUCAGCCUAAACAUGUAACUCAAACUAGAGCGUCGGCAGAUUGAACUCCAGCAGGCUGAAGCUCCACUUUCCUCCACAUUUGCUCCCCCAAAGGGACACCGGGGGAACCGUGUGCUCUGCCCGUGCCAUCUCAUCCAUUUACCGAGGAAAAAAGGAGGAUGUCCGCUCCCUCUCCUCCAGGAGGGCCGUGUAAAGGUGGCGGAGAAGACCCCACCAAGUCCACCGAGCAGCAGGAGGACCGGACUCGACCUCAGGUCCUGUCGGGCUCAGGCUUCUGUAAAUGGUUCAACGUCCGGAUGGGCUUUGGAUUUAUUUCAAUGACCAGCAGCGAUGGGAGCCCCGUCGACCCCCCUCUGGAUGUUUUCGUCCACCAAAGCAAACUGCUGAUGGAGGGUUUCCGCAGCUUAAAGGAGGGAGAGCAGGUGGAGUUCACCUAUAAGAAAUGCUCCAAGGGCCUGGAGUCCCUGCGGGUGAACGGGCCUGGGGGGGGACCCUGCGCAGGCAGCGAGAGGAGACCCAAAGCCAAGGUCCCACUCCAGAAACGCAAACCAAAGGGAGACCGCUGUUAUAACUGUGGAGGUCUGGAUCACCAUGCCAAGGAGUGUGGCCUGCCCCCCCAGCCAAAGAAAUGCCACUACUGCCAGAGCAUCACGCACAUGGUGGCCCAGUGCCCCCACAAGGCGCUGGCCCCCGCCUCAGGCUCUCAGGACCAAAAUGUGUCUACCUCUACGGGGCCCUUCCUCGGCCCGCCGGAGGAGGAGGAGCGCUCGGGCUCAUCUCCCCUCGAGGGGUCCUCCUCCUCCCCCGAGGAGCCCCAGCCUUCCCGCGGCCCCCGGACCCAGAGGUGGAGGAAGUCCUGAAGACAGCCCAGAGAGGUGUGCCGCUGACCCCUGACCCUCACGUCUCCCCUCAAUCAAGGAUACCUGAAGCCCCCCCCCCCCCUCAUCUACCUCACACCUGUGAAGAAAAAAAAAUGGGAGGUCUUGAUUUCUUUACUUUUAAUGUUAUUUUUAUUUUUUUCUAACCAGCGCAGCUAUGGCAACGAUCCACGGGGUACGGACAUGCGUGAAUGUGUGUGACUGACUUGCAGUCAUCUGGUGCAGCUAUGGCAACCACCGCUGGAAUGGUGACUGCAGGGAUCGACUGUUUUUCUUGUUUCAAUCAGUGCAGCUCAAGAGUGAAACAACGUGGUAUGAAUCUUGUGUUUUUUCUUUCUUCUCCUCGGACCUAAGUGUUGGCUUUUCCCCUCACACAUGUCGUUGAUUGAAAGCCUCCAAUUUCUAUCCUGUAGGCCUAAUCAUUCUGAAAAUCAUGCUGCACACACGGUAGCUCAUUUCUAAGACUUUUAGAAGCUCGAGACCCUCUAAGUGAUAAUCCAGACCCCCAGGAUUGUUAGCUUAGUUUGUGAAGAUCUGUAGGCACCCUUUUCAGAGGGCGCUUUUAAAAGAAGAUGAGCUGCGAAACACAUUGUUAUAAAUCUUUAAACACUCACUUCCAACCUCUCCCUUUUCAUGAAAUAGACCGGACCGACUGAUUGUCACAGAGUGUGUUUGUGCAUGCACGUGCACGACUGAGAGAGGGAAAAAGAGUGUGUGUUGGCAUGCGUGUGUUGUGCUCCGAAACAAAGCCUCUCUGUCAGACUGGCCCCUCCCCCCCCAGGUGCGAGUCCUCGCUAUUAACGAUUCAGUUUCCUAUUAUUAGAGAUAGAGCAGUUUAGCUAAAACCUCAUAUAAUCCAUAGUUUAGAUUCAACGUAAUGAUCAUUAGACUUCCACUUUGGUUGUUGUAUAAUUAGUUAAAAAAUAACCUUACAAUUUAUAAAUCAUAGUAUAAGUAAUUAAUAUAUAUGUAAAGUCACAAGAUAUAAAUUCUAUUAAGUAAAGCAUAUAUAAGGAAUUAGCUCUGACAUAGGUAAAUAGCCCUGUAUAUUGUAUGGGAUACUUUUGUUGGUGUGUGAAAACUUGUAGCUCUCUCUCUCUAUUUAACCGUUUUCAUCCGUGACGAAUCAAACUGACGUUUUUACAAUGUAUUUACUCCACGCCUUCUCCUUUUACUUCAGUGCAAGGAGUCAGCGCUCACCUCUGACCCCGCACACCUUGUUCGAUGAAAGGUGCAGACCAUUACAGUGUCCUCACAGCUGCUCUACUUACUUAAUACCUCACCUAUUCUUCCCUAGCUGUUUGCUCUCCCAGCUGUGUUGCAGUACGGUCAAACCACCUGUUCCUCUUCCAUCUGUGCCUACCAGUUGUUAGCUAGCACCAGCCAGGCAUCGCUCGCCCCUCCACAGGAUGGAGACUCACUGAAGAGAGAUAGAGAGGGAGGGAGAGAGAGAGAGAGAGAGAGAGAAGGAGUGCUGCUUUUGGUAUAACUUGAAUCCCAAGCGUGGCUUUAGUGGCACUUAUUUGUGACCUUACAACCCUUCUCUGACCAUAUUGAAUGUGAAAAGAGCUUACCUGAAGUCGACGCCUCACAAAGUUCACAUCAGGUCGCUUUGGAGUUGUAUCUUAAUGUUCUGACAAAUCAAAUAACUUUGUAUAAUGAUAUCAAAGUAGCUUGUGUGUUUUUAAAAAGCUCUAAGUAGACAACCAACUUAAUUUUGGUAUAUUUCUAUACCAAAGAGUUUGGCUUUAUUUUUUGAAGGCAUUUAAAGAUAAGAUUUGCUUGCUGUCUUUGCCCUUUCACAAUAAGAGGGAGUUAUUGCUGAAAGCGCAACACUGCAGUUAUCGUUUUUUUUUGUUUUUUUUUAUAUAUAAAAUGUGCAGCUUUCUGAAUGUGUGCGUGCGUUAAAAAAAAAAAUCAAGUCUCAACAAUGCAGCAUGACAGAAAAUAAAAGUGAAUGACCAAACAACAUAAGGAGCACAGCCCAUGCUCAGAUCUUUAUGGAAACAACAUCUUUUUGUAUGAUGUAUUUGUACAUUUUUACACACAAUUCCUCUCAGGAUGAUGAACUGUUCUCAGGGAAUUAACCAAAAAAGUGUAUUUUAUUCUUUUGGGAAUCAUCCACUGACUGACUCAACAAACUCUCUUAAGCAAUGGUGAAGAGACGUAUGUAACCGAUUCAUGUACUGAUAUUAGCAACUACCUCUUGAGUUCUACAUAGUUGUGCAUUUCUUUUCUUUUGUUUUGAUGAGCUUGUAUGAUUAACUGUAGGUCUCUAAUGUACUGAGGUGUUGUGUGAGAAGUUCCCCAGUGUUGCCACAGACUCCCUGGUCUUCCUUCCCAGAUUUGAUAAGUUACUUUUUUUCAUUUACUGCAAAACCUUUUUUUUUGUUUACAGCAAAAGCCUACCUCAUAUGCGCUGUUCCUCCACAAACUCCGUACCUCCUCCCAGACCACCUUUACCUCCACCAUGCAGUUCUUUGUUCAUUCAAUUGCCACUUGUCGCACUAGAGUCACACCACAUUUUAAACAAAUCAGCCCUGAAGUGGCUCGUCACUUGUGACUCCAAAUAUCUUACACUCAAAGCCCUUUUUUGAAAGUUUAUCAGAAGUUUUGAGAAUGUUUGUCUCACAUCCAGGGUGACGUUUUUCUGCCAGCUCUGUUAUACCGUCAGUAUAAACUCAUCACUUAGCGGCAGACAGCCAGUGAGCUUACCUCAGUCUGUUGCCCUAGCUAUUGACGUGUUAAAUAUGAAAUAUUUAACAUUCCCGUGUGAACACACUUUGAAAAGAUAUGGACUGUUAUUUUUAGCGUGUUGGUAUUUUAUCAUAACCGUUUUGUAACCACUUCAUGUGAUGGGCUUAAGGUGGAGAAGAAUAGGAUUGUACUUCGCACAAGGAGUGCCUAUCUCCGUUUUGUUUGUCUCACUCUAUUACCAAAUAGAUGUUUCCUCUUUUUGGGCUCCAUGGCCUUGGUCCGCCAUUUUUACAGCCUCGGAUAAUCAGAAGUUGUGUGCUUUGGAGACGACGCCCCGCAAACUGCAUUUGUAGUUUAGAGCGACAUUUUUAACAGCGGAAAAUCAGUAGAUUUUGUACUAAUGGUGACAUUGCAUAGACGUCAUUAAAAAAAAAAAAACGUUUAUGAA